AUGGGGCGGUACAGCUACAGUCAACCUUCAAGCAGCUCUGUUAGGUUGAUUAGCCCUGACGAAGCAGAUGUGAGCUCCACCAGUCGACACUAUGGAAUUCCUAAUUUAUGCUAUUGUGGGUUGCCGACGAUGAUGAAAACAAUGGACAGCACAGAUGAGUAUCCGGGUAGAAUGUUCUUUGGAUGCAAAGAUUAUAAGGUCAAUCGAAAGGUGGGUUGUGACCUGCAUCUAGUGAAGUGGUGGGACGAGGCUAUGAUGGAGGAAUUCGUUCUCCUGCGACGUGCUACUGACAACCAAGGAGAUUGCGUUCGUGUCCUGAGAGUUGCUGAUCGGAUUGAGGCAGAGCUAGGUGAACUGAAACGCCUAGCUCUUACGGAGAACAAGCGUCACAGGGGAGCGGUACUUCACAUCGUCAUUGCGCUUGUCGUCCUCCUCGCCGGCAUCAUCAUAGCCUGCGGAUGCAUGAUUAUGUUUAGAUAA